AUGAUUUCGCAAUACUGGAACCAAUACCUAUUGUACCUGUUGUAUCCCUUUGUCUUUCCUUUGUGGAAAUAUGUUCUAAACGAUAUUGCAGGAUUCUGUAUUGCAGUUAUGGGUUUAUUACAUAUAUGCAGAUUUUCAGUGGAGUAUCUUUUCAAGCCAGAUCAGAAACCUCCAAAAGAAAACAACGCCCCAAUUACUCCAGAAUCCACUGAUUCUGAAGACGUUUCUCUCCAAACUCCCAAAUCGGAGGAAGUUCAUGCAGCUUGUAAACAGAAAGGGUUGCCUGAUAUCGUAGUGGCGUUUUACGACAGCUUUUGGAGAUCGUGGUAUUACACUAUUUCCUUAACCUACUCAUCGCAAGUGUUGUGGAGAAAACCAUGGAUGUGGAACAUCGAAAAAAGCUGGACUGAUUUUGAAUUGCAAGCGGUGACUUUGGACAUUUGGGCUUAUUACAUGGUGACCUUCUCGUUCUAUUUGUAUUUGUUUAUAAACAGAUUUAUAUUUAGAAAGCGCAAAUAUUAUUGGGAAAUAUUUAAUUACGCUUUAAAUGUCGCAUUUAUAAGUCUUUCUUGGUAUUUGAAUUUUAUAAGAAUCGGUAGUUUAAUACUGUUUUUUCACGACUUGAGCGAUGCUUUACUGGAUUUGAUAAAAGUGUUACAUUACACUAACCAUAAUUUUGUAUCAGUUAGUCUAUUUGGAUUGUUUUUAACUUUAUGGAUAUCGAUAAAAUUGGGUUAUUAUCCUUUUAAAAUAAUCAGACAUAUAUUAUUGGACGAUAUUAAGCCAUUAGAUGGAUUUGUUUAUUAUUUGUUUAAUAGUAUCCUUAUAGCUUUUCUUAUUUUGCAUUUUUACAGGACCUAUUUAAUUGUCAAGUUUACCCAAAAUAGCAUGAUGAAAUAUGUUAAUGGAAAAGAUGUAAGAGAUUUAAUUAAAGGUGGAUUUGUUGAAGAAAUCUGA